AUGCCUGCUGACCUCAUGGAGCAGCUGUCUUCCCUGAAGGCCACAGCAGAAGACAUGAAAGAUGUAAAGGCCAAGGUAAGGAAGCUGCAGAAUGUCCUUGAAGCAGAGGUGGCAACAGAAGCAGAUCAGAAAGUGGAGGGAUCCAGUCAGAUUAACCUGCAGUUAGGUUACCUCAGAUCGACAGUGCACGACAUAGAGAAAGAGCUGCAGGAGCUGAAGGAGCAGCAGGAUCAUGGCAAAGCCAAGCUGGAGCAGUCGGUGACUGACACAGCCCUCUACCUGCAGGAACAGUUAGACAAGCUUAGAUCUAUCAUAGAGAACAUGAUGGCCUCCUCCUCCACCUUGCUAUCCAUGAGCAUGCCCACUAGCCCGGAGCCUGGGGAGGCAGCGCCGCAUGGCACAUGCCCGGCCUGCAGCCUAGACGUCAGCGAGCAGGUUAGCCAGCUGUUCAAACGCUACGAACAGCUGCAGGAUUUAAUUAGCAGCUUCAUGACGAGGCACGCGGAAAGCAAGCCAGCAAAGAGGCCGCAGCUGAGGAGCCAGGACGAAGAGCUGCUGAGUCGCAUCCAAAACACCAUCCUCCAGGUGCAAGGAGACUGUGAGAAUCUCAAUGCCACCACAGGGAACCUUGUAGAAGACCAUCGGCAGAAGCAGAAAGAUAUCUCUCUUCUCUUCCAGUCACUGGAGAAGUUGGAAAAGGAGAAAGCAGACAAGGAGCAUCUGGAGACAGAAAUUGACGUGAAAGCAGACAAGAUCGCCCUGGCUGGCAAAGUCAGCCGCACCCAGUUUGAUGCCACCACGGAGCAGCUGAAUAAGAUGAUGCAGGAUCUGGUGAACAAGAUGAGUGGGCAGGAGCAGGACUGGCACAAAGUGCUCGACAAAAUCUUGGUGGAGAUGGACUCCAAGCUGGACCGCCUGGAAUUAGAUCCCUUCAGACAGCAGCUGGAAGAGCGUUGGAAGGCCAUCCGGAAACAGCUGAAGGAGAGCUCUCCGCAGUACGAAGCGGACGAUGCUGCUGGAAUUAGGAAAAGACUGAUGGCUCAUUUCCACUGCAUUUCCUGCGACAGGCCUCUGGAAAUGGUGGUGCCCGGCCCGACCAUCAUGACCGUCCCCUCCGUGCCGGGGUUACCAUCCCACCGCUCCAUCCGGCCCUACACCAUCUACGAACUGGAGCAAGUCAGGCAGCACACCCGCAGUCUGAAGUUAGGGCUUAGGCCCUUCCCUCGCUUGGAUGCGCUCCAGCUGGAGAAGAGCGUGGGCCUUGGCAAGCUGCGCAGCAUCCACUCCAAGAUGCUCAUGGACAUAGAGAAGGUGCAGAUCCACUUUGGGGGCUCGGCGAAGGCCAGCAGUCAGAUGAUCAGGGAGAUAAUGCAGUCGCAGUGUCUCAGCCCAAGCCAUGACAAGAUGGCGGAGAUGGCGGAAUACGGUUACCUGUCCAUGCCUCGGCGCUGCGGCGGCAGCCACACCCUUACCUACCCCUACAGGCGCUACACACGGCUGCAGCAAAUCGCCCAGUGUAUGCCGGUGCAUCCCGAGGAGACUGCCAUGCUGACAGUGAUGAAGCAUGAAGAGGUGGAUAUCCUGGGCCUGGAUGGACACAUCUACAAAGGGCGGAUGGACACUCGGCUCCCAUCAAUUUCAGCCAAGGAUGGUCCUUUGAAGUCCAAACCCAAGCUCUCCCGGUCUUCAUCACAACGGCAGCCGACCCUGAUGGACACAGCUGGCCUCCCGGCACGCCCGCACAGCGCCAAACUGUCUUCCCCCAGCAAUUCAGGUACAGCUAGGUCACUAAAGGACAGGCCCGUGUCAUCAGAGGGUCGACUGUCCCGGGUGGACCUGACCCAUCUAUCAACCUCAACACUUUUCCCUGAGGAGGGAAGAGAGGAUUCUCCCACGCAGGAGAAAGAAACCCUAGAGCUUCAGCUGGACCUUUCCAUGCGCCGGCGAUCGGCUGAGCAGCCGGCUCCGUUACAGUGA